UUUAUUUAUUUUACUUUACUUACUUUCAUAUUUAUAUUUAAUUUAUUUACUUUCAUUCUACAAGUCUCAUUCUUGAUGUUCCUACGUGACUCUGUGUGCUUUUCUAAGUAAAUAUUAUACUUAUCCAUUUCAAAGAUAUUCUACUCUAAUAUUCUAUCUGAACUCCAAUUAUUACAGAUAAGAUAAUAGUUCAACAUAAUAGUGAAGAUAGUAGUAAACACGAUAACACUCCCUCCAAGACCUUUCGUUUCAAUUCAAAGAUAGAAACGUAAAUACGUUAUACAUAACACAAAUAUCUAAAUAUAUUUUAGAUGUGCUUAAAAGAAUUUACUAUCUUAAAUGAGAUAAUAAGACAUGCUUCAGACGUCUUUAAGACAUCUUUUAGGAAUUUGUGCAGUCUACGAUAGAACAAACUGUCAUUUAAAGUUGGGAUUAAUAAAAUUAUGAAAAAUAAGAUGAUAAUACAGUGAAAAAUAAGAUAUAAUACAGUGUAAUUAAAUUAAUUAUAAAAAAUGGAAUAAUGCAGUGUCAUAAUUGAAGUUUCAAUUCUAUUCCAUCCCAAUUUCUCUAGGUCGUUAUAUAAGACAUUGAGAAGGAACAGGGCGAGACCAAUUUACAUAGCUUGGCCGCGAGAUUGACGAUUUGCGUGUUCGCGGUGAUUUGCGAAUGUGAGAGAUGUCAAUGUCCGUUAUGACGUGACGGCCGAGCUCGAGGUCAAUCGAGUCAAUUGAUAUUGCAGUCUUAAAAGGAAUAAAUUUCCCCAGCGACACGAACGUGAAUUAAAAUGCAUGAUUAAAUAAUCUCGGGUGGCACACGCUUCAUCAUAAAACUUCAGAAUCUCGGAAAAUUUCUUAACUUUCUUGAUAUAUAUCUUGAAUAAUCGAUUUUUAAACAGCGCGCUCUACUUUAAAGCCGAUUUCCAGUAAAAAUAGCUGAAAAGGAUAAUUUUUCCUUCUUUUUAUUCAAGCUAUACAACAUUUUGUGUAAUGAUUUAUGUAAAAUUUCUCGCUUCUAUUAUGUUGUAUCUUAACAACGAAUCAACAACAAGGAUUCGUUGUAUCUUAACAACGAAUCCUUUGUCUAAUUUACCAAUUGAUCAAUUGAACGUGCUGUAGCAAUUUUCUGAAGAAAAUAUAAAGUUACAGCUCGCGACUGGCAGAUGUUCCAUAAGGUGUGGGACUCCAACUCGCAUUAAACAUGGCACAGGACAGCCCCACUCCGAAACCUGCGGACCAAUUCAAACUUAUACCGAAAAUCAUAAAUGGCGGCAUUGCCGGAAUCAUCGGGGUGUCCGUGGUGUUCCCUCUCGACUUGGUUAAAACGAGAUUACAAAAUCAAAUUAUCGGUCCACAAGGCGAACGGAUGUAUAAUUCAAUGUUCGACUGUUUUAAAAAGACUUACAGAGCUGAAGGCUACUUCGGAAUGUACAAGGGAUCCGCUGUUAACAUAUUGUUGAUUACUCCCGAGAAGGCAAUCAAACUUACUGCCAAUGAUACAUUUAGACAUUAUCUCUCACCUGGGCCUGGACAAAAAUUGCCAUUAGUACGUGAAAUGCUCGCCGGUGGCUUGGCGGGAGCAUGCCAAAUUAUCGUAACCACACCGAUGGAGCUACUCAAAAUACAAAUGCAAGACGCUGGCAGAGUUGCCAUGGCAGCUAAAGAAGCGGGUAAGGCUAUACCAAAAGUAUCAGCUUGGUCGUUAACGUUGGAUCUACUUAGGAAAAGAGGUGUAUUGGGACUGUACCAAGGAACUGGUGCAACAGCACUCAGAGACGUGACGUUUUCCGUUAUUUAUUUCCCUCUAUUUGCCAGGCUGAAUGAUAUCGGCCCGAAGCGAGAGGAUGGAUCAGCUGUGUUCUGGUGUUCAUUCCUUGCCGGGUGUGCCGCCGGCUCAACGGCAGCAUUGAUGGUGAAUCCAUUCGACGUAAUCAAAACGAGACUGCAAGUUAUCAAAAAAGCACCUGGUGAGCCGACGUACAACGGAGUAUUAGACUGCAUAACAAAAACAUUCACGAAUGAAGGUCCAAGAGCAUUCUUCAAAGGCGGCGCUUGCCGUAUGAUUGUAAUAGCACCGUUGUUUGGUAUUGCACAAACUGUUUAUUAUCUCGGCGUAGCCGAAUGGCUGCUGGGAUUGAAGAAAUGAAAUCGCCAUAUCGCCGACUCGUGCCGUUCAAAUACUCUGGGAAAAUAUUGACAAUAAUCGUUGUAGAUGUAGUUGUAUUUCGGCUUGAGAUUUCCGUCGCCGAGAUAAAAAUGUUGUUAGACGGAGCCUUGUUCGCUUGUUCUAUACGAAAAAAAAAAGAAUUGAAAAUGAGAGUGCGUUCGUGAAAAUUGCCGUAAUUCUCGUAGGUUGCGGGUUACAUCGGAUUCAUAGUUUAAUAAGAUAAAAUUCCUAUCUUUCAUGUCCUUACUUGCGCGCGUGGAUUAUAAAGUAAAUAUAACUUACUAUCGAAGUAUCACGAAGUCAAUGUACAUUGUGUUCUUGCAGUGUGAAAUUGCAACUAAUGCGUCAAUAGAUUUGUCGAAAAAUGGAAAGUCGCUAUUUAAUCGGUAUUUAUGUCGUUGCAUUUUUCGAUGUAAUAGUGGCUUCACAUCUUCCUCGUAUUUUGCGAACUGUGUAUACUAUGCGAGAUCCUGUGUCCACGAACUGUAUCUAUCGAUAGAACUGUAAGUUUAUUGGGAUCCUCGUUGUUGCAUCCACCAGACUAGCCAGUCAAUUAUAAAUAUAUAUAUAUUAAAACAGAUUUACCGUGAUAUUUUUUUAAACAGUGUAGAAAGAAAGGAUAUUUUAUUAAUAGUAUAGAACAUUUUGUUAAGGUUUCAACGAAAAACUUAUCGUAUACUUACCGUAUACUUGUUAAUUAUUCUUUUUAAGUUUUCUCUUGUUACAUAGACACGAGGGUGUAGUCUUUAUGGCCAUAUGUAACAUAACAGAAAUAUUACAAAGUAUUUGAAGCAAAUACUAUACAGCUCUUCCUUC